CAACGCUGAUAAACAUGUCUGCUGAAUUGAGGCACUACACGCCAAACAUCCGAAAGUGUUAUUUGACCAACGAAAAGUAUUUAGCCAGUUACAGGUAUUACACGCAACAAAAUUGUCUUUACGAGUGCUUGGCGAACUAUACUUUGGAGCUAUGUGGGUGCAUCCCCUUUUAUUUUCCACUCUUCCAAGGAACCAGGGCAUGUGGUCCUGCCAAUAAUGAAUGUAUGAGGUUUAGUAGACUUAAAUACAUGGAAAUUGAAAGCAGCAAAAAUUCCUCUCAAAGGUGCGCAUGUUUACCACCGUGCGUCUCGCUCUCCUACGAUGUCGAAACAUCUUACACUGAUUGGAACUGGAAAGGAAAGGUUAAGGCACUUUACAACAACGACAACAUUUCCUACAACGGUGUGCACUUUUCAAGGUUAAGCGUUUAUUACAAAGAUUUGCAGUUUUUGAGCUGCAUGAGGAGCGAGAUGUUUAGUGCGUUCGACUUUGCUUCCAAAGUGGGCGGUCUACUUGGAUUAUUCAUUGGAUUCUCGAUUACGUCGGCAAUUGAAAUCGUGUACUUUGGUACGCUUCGAGUUGGUUUUAACAUAAGAAGGCACGGCAUCGGCGCUUGGUUUGGAGAAACGAAACGUAUGAAGGCCCACUAAAGACCGCAGGCACUAUUUAUUGAUUUUGAGCACAUUGAAUUUUGCCUUUUAUGGGCGUUUCCCGAGUAAAAAAUAUGAAUUUUAGGAUACCUACUGUAAUGUGUUUGAAGCACUAGAAUUUUUCUGCGAUUUUGAAAUUAAGAAGUUCUUGAAUUUCUGUGAUUUUUACUAAUUCUGUUUAGGUUUUCGAAUUAACGCGUAUGAAUUUUUCCCCCAUUUUGAAAAUCGCAUAGUCGUCUUUAAUGUUACUAUUUGUAAUGAGCUGCUACCCGUUAGUAAUGCUUGAACCCCUAAACCUUAGAGAUAUAUACUGAAUUGUAUUUAAAU